AUGGCGGAGAACGUGCAGGCGGAGACAACUCAAGCCGACUACAUGGUGUUUGGGAAGACCGGGUGGAUUGGUGGCAAGCUCAUUGAGCUGCUGAAGGAGCAGGGCAAGUCGGUCCAUGCUGCCGAGUCGCGGCUGGAGAACCGUGAGGCGGUGGCGGCCGAGCUCGAUGCUGUGCAGCCCAAGUAUGUGCUCAACGCUGCCGGGCUGACCGGCCGGCCGAACGUGGACUGGUGCGAGUCGCACAAGCAUGAUGUGCUCCGGGUCAAUGUCGCAGGCACACUGCUCCUUGCUGACCUCACCCGCGAGCGCUCCAUCCCCUGUGCCAUGUUUGCCACCGGGUGCAUCUACUACUACGACGACGCCCACCCCAUCGGCUCGUCGGGCUUUACCGAGGACGACGAGCCCAACUUUGACGGCUCGUUCUACUCAGAGACCAAGGCUGUUGUCGAAAAGUACCUGCGCCUGUACGAGAACGUCCUUGUUCUUCGCCUCCGCAUGCCCAUCUCGGACGAUCUCCACCCGCGGUCGUUUGUCACCAAGAUCUCAAAGUACGAGAAGGUCGUCAACGUGCCCAACUCGAUGACUAUCCUGCACGACCUACUCCCGGUCUCCAUCGACAUGAUCGAGAAGGGUCUCGCCGGCGUCUUCAACUUUACCAACCCGGGCGCUAUCUCCCACAACGAGGUCCUUGACCUCUACGCCGAGAUCGUCGACCCGACCUUCACCUACAAGAACUUUACCGUCGACGAGUGCAACUCCAUUCUCGCCUGCAAGCGCUCCAACAACACCCUUGACACCUCCAAGCUCACCGCCAUCUACCCCGACAUUCCCGAGGUCCAUGACGCCAUGCGCGCUGUCUUUACCCGGAUGAAGGCCGCCAUGGACGCCGAGGCCUAAUCGACCUCUACUCCUCCCAUCUCCCGCUAAGUAAGCUGCCCUGUUGACGCAGCACCUAAGUAACACGCGACGCUCUCGCUACGUGCUCAG